AAGAGAACGCCACGCACCGCUAGCCGGGGAGGAGGAGCAAGAGGAGACCCGACGCCGUCAGCAUUGGGACCGACAAACGCUGCCUUCCCCGCAAGCCCGGCGUCAUGUCGACCAAAGCGGAGCAGUUCGCUUCCAAGAUCCGGUACUUGCAAGAAUACCAUAACCGUGUCCUUCACAACAUUUACCCCGUCCCCUCUGGAACUGACAUUGCAAACACUCUGAAAUAUUUUUCUCAGACAUUACUAAGCAUUUUGUCCCGCACAGGGAAGAAGGAGAAUCAAGAUGCCUCCAAUUUGACAGUGCCCAUGACCAUGUGUCUUUUUCCUGUGCCAUUCCCACUCACCCCAUCUCUAAGACCACAGGUCAGUUCCAUCAACCCUACUGUUACUCGCUCCCUCCUUUACAGCGUCCUGCGAGAUGCUCCCACUGAACGCGGCCAGCAAAGUCGUGAUGCUCAGUUAUCAGACUACCCAUCAUUGGACUAUCAAGGACUAUACGUGACAUUGGUGACUCUGCUGGAUCUAGUUCCUUUGCUACAACAUGGUCAACAUGAUCUGGGACAGUCCAUUUUUUACACAACCACGUGUUUGCUCCCUUUUCUCAACGAUGACAUCUUGAGUACUCUGCCGUAUACAAUGAUCUCCACGUUAGCCACUUUCCCACCAUUUCUGCACAAAGAUAUCAUAGAGUAUCUCAGCACCUCUUUCUUGCCCAUGGCUAUAUUGGGUUCUUCGAGAAGAGAAGGAGUACCUCCUCAUGUUAAUCUUUCUGCAUCUUCAAUGCUAAUGAUCGCAAUGCAGUAUACAACCAAUCCUGUGUACCAUUGUCAGUUACUGGAAUGCCUCAUGAAGUAUAAACAAGAAGUGUGGAAAGACCUGCUGUACGUAAUAGCAUAUGGCCCUUCUCAAGUAAAGCCACCCGCAGUACAAAUGCUUUUCCACUACUGGCCCAACUUAAAACCUCCUGGGGCAAUAAGUGAAUACCGAGGACUGCAAUACACAGCAUGGAAUCCCAUACACUGUCAGCACAUUGAAUGCCAUAAUGCCAUUAACAAGCCAGCAGUGAAGAUGUGCAUAGAUCCUUCCUUAUCUGUGGCUUUGGGGGAUAAACCACCCCCUCUCUACCUUUGUGAAGAAUGCAGCCAGAGGAUUGCAGGGGAUCACAGUGAAUGGUUGAUUGAUGUUCUUUUACCACAAGCUGAAAUUUCUGCUAUAUGUCAGAAGAAGAACUGCAGCUCGCAUGUUAGGAGGGCUGUUGUCACAUGUUUCUCUGCUGGCUGCUGCGGUCGCCAUGGGAACAGGCCGGUGCGCUACUGCAAACGAUGCCACUCGAACCAUCACAGCAGUGAAGUCGGGGCAACGGCUGAGACUCAUCUGUACCAGACAUCGCCUCCUCCUAUCAAUACUCGCGAGUGUGGGGCUGAGGAGCUCGUUUGUACUGUGGAAGCUGUCAUCAGCUUGCUGAAAGAGGCCGAAUUCCAUGCCGAGCAAAGGGAGUAUGAGCUCAUCCGCAGGAGGCAGCUGGGCCUAUCUUCAUCACAUCAUUCUUUGGACAACACGGACUUCGAUAACAAGGAUGAUGACAAGCAUGACCAGCGCCUUCUGAGCCAGUUUGGGAUCUGGUUCUUGGUAAGCCUCUGCACCCCGAGCGAGAACACGCCCACGGAGAGCCUGGCUCGGCUUGUCAGCAUGGUCUUCCAGUGGUUCCAUUCCACAGCAUACAUGAUGGAUGAUGAAGUUGGAAGCCUAGUGGAGAAACUCAAACCCCAGUUUGUCACCAAAUGGCUGAAGACAGUGUGUGAUGUUCGGUUCGAUGUCAUGGUGAUGUGCCUUCUUCCUAAACCAAUGGAGUUUGCAAGGGUGGGUGGAUACUGGGACAAGUCCUGCAGCACUGUGACUCAGUUAAAGGAAGGCCUGAAUCGGAUCCUGUGCUUGAUUCCGUACAAUGUAAUAAACCAACCUGUGUGGGAUUGUAUUAUGCCGGAGUGGUUGGAAGCCAUCAGGACUGAAGUACCAGACAAUCAACUCAAGGAGUUCAGGGAGGUAUUGAGCAAAAUGUUUGAUAUUGAAUUGUGCCCGCUCCCUUUUUCUAUGGAGGAGAUGUUUGGAUUCAUAAGCUGUCGGUUCACAGGGUAUCCUUCCUCUGUACAAGAACAAGCUUUGCUAUGGCUUCAUGUGUUAUCCGAAUUAGACAUUGUAGUUCCUCUUCAGUUGCUAAUCAGUAUGUUUUCCGAUGGGGUUAAUUCUGUGAAAGAGCUGGCAAAUCAGAGGAAAUCCAGAGUCAGUGAGCUGACCGGCAGUCUUGCGGCUCGAAGGGUGAGCAUCGCCUCUGAUCCAGGACGUAGAGUCCAGCAUAAUACACUGAGUCCAUUCCCAAGCCCAUUUCAGAGUCCAUUUCGCAGUCCCAUGUGCAGCCCCUUCCGUAGCCCUUUCAAGAAUUUUGGACAUCCUGGAGGAGGAGGAGGAGGAGGAGGAGGAGGAGGAGGAGGAGGAGGAGGAAGGAACAUUGACUUUGACUGUGAUGAUGAUGAAAUGAAUUUGAAUUGUUUCAUCCUGAUGUUUGACCUCAUCUUGAAGCAGAUGGAACUACAAGAUGAUGGCAUUACCUUGGGCUUAGAAAACAGCAUCUCCAAAGACAUAAUUUCUAUCAUCAACAACGUGUUCCAGGCCCCCUGGGGUGGCUCUCAUACCUGUCAAAAAGACGAGAAGGUCAUGGAAUGUAACCUGUGUCAGUCUAGUAUCUUGUGCUAUCAGUUGGCUUGCGAGUUAUUGGAGAGACUAGCCCCAAAAGAAGAAAUCAGACUAGUGGAACCUACAGACAACCUGGAGGACAGUCUUCUGUAUUCCAGACCUGAGUUCCUUGUAGGAACGGAAGUGGAAAUGGAGAACAAAUCAGCACCAAAGCAUGGAGAGAACCCAGGAAAUCACACAGAGACUACAGAAAAUACAGCAGCCAUCAAAAAUGACACUGAGAGGAAAUUCUGCUACCAGCAGCUACCAGUGACCCUGAAACUCAUAUAUACAAUAUUGCAGGAGAUGGCACGGUUUGAAGAGCCAGACAUUCUUUUUAACAUGCUGAACUGCUUGAAGAUCCUCUGCCUUCAUGGGGAGUGUUUAUACAUUGCAAAGAAGGACCAUCCACAGUUCUUAGCCUACGUUCAGGAUAAUAUGCUGAUUGCCAGCUUAUGGAGAGUUGUAAAAUCAGAGUUUUCCCAGCUUUCUUCACUGGCGGUGCCUCUCCUUCUCCAUGCUCUGUCGCUUCCACAUGGAGCUGAUAUUUUCUGGACAAUCAUCAAUGGCAACUUCAACAGCAAAGACUGGAAGAUUAGGUUUGAAGCAGUGGAAAAAGUAGCGGUGUUGUGCCGGUUUCUGGAUAUUCACUCAGUGACCAAGAACCACUUGCUGAAAUAUUCCUUGGCACAUGCCUUUUGCUGUUUUCUGACUGCUGUGGAGGAUGUCAACCCCGCUGUGGCCACCAGAGCAGGGCUUCUACUAGAUACCAUAAAAAGGCCAGCUUUGCAGGGUCUGUGCCUUUGCCUUGAUUUCCAGUUUGACACAGUUGUCAAGGACAGGCCCACAAUUCUUAGCAAGCUUCUGUUGCUUCAUUUUCUCAAGCAAGAUAUUCCGGCUCUGAGCUGGGAAUUCUUUGUGAAUCGGUUUGAGACUCUCUCUCUUGAGGCACAGCUUCAUCUGGAUUGCAACAAGGAAUUCCCCUUCCCAACGACAAUCACAGCUGUGCGGACGAAUGUUGCUAACUUAAGCGAUACGGCAAUGUGGAAGAUCAAGAGGGCCCGGUUUGCCCGGAAUCGACAGAAGAGUGUGCGUUCUUUGAGGGACAGUGUGAAGGGUCCGGUGGAGUCCAAGAGGGCACUUUCUCUUCCAGAAACCUUGACGUCCAAAAUCCCUGCAAGGCUGAUCAGACAUGAACAGUCUGCUCCAGCGCUUGGUGGGACACCAGAACAAACGCAAGGGCAACCUUCUCCGGAGAAUGAUAACACCAUAAAGGACCUUCUUCCAGAAGAUGCUGGUAUUGACCAUCAGACUGUCCACCAGCUCAUUACUGUGCUAAUGAAGUUUAUGGCAAAGGAUGAGAGUAGCGCAGAGUCAGACAUCAGCAGUGCUAAAGCCUUCAAUACCGUCAAGCGCCACCUGUACGUCUUGCUGGGUUACGAUCAACAGGAAGGAUGCUUCAUGAUUGCACCUCAAAAAAUGCGCAUUUCAACAUGUUUUAAUGCUUUUAUCGCAGGGAUUGCCCAAGUGAUGGACUAUAAUAUUAACCUGGGAAAACACCUCCUCCCUUUAGUGGCUCAGGUGCUGAAAUACUGCACAUGCCCUCAGCUCAGGCAUUACUUCCAGCAGCCUCCCCGCUGUUCCCUCUGGUCCCUUAAGCCUCAUAUUCGGCAAAUGUGGCUGAAGGCAUUGCUUGUCAUCCUGUAUAAGUAUCCUUACAGAGACUGUGACAUCAGCAAAGUCAUGUUGCAUCUCAUCCAUAUAACAGUCAACACACUAAAUGCACAGUAUCACAGCUGCAAGCCUCAUGCCUCAGCAGGCCCUUUGUACAGUGACAACAGCAACAUAAGCAGAUACAGUGAGAAGGAAAAAGCAGAGGAAGACAGCGUCUUUGAUGAAUCUGACAUUCAUGAUACACCCACUGGAACAGGCAACAAAGAGUCACAAACUUUUUUUGCCAGGCUGAAAAGAAUUGGGGGCAGCAAAAUGGUGAAAUACCAGCCAGUUGAGAUGAAUGCUCAGAGAAGUGAUAUAGAACUGGCUGAAUAUAGAGAAACUGGCGUGUUGCAAGACAGCAUUCUGCACUGCGUGAGAGAAGAAAGCAUUCAGAAAAAGAAACUGCGCUCUCUAAAACAAAAAUCUCUUGACAUAGGAAAUGCAGACUCCCUGUUGUUUACAUUAGAUGAGCACCGCCGGAAGUCAUGCAUAGACCACUGUGACUUGGAGAAGCCCCCUGUCAGUUCUGCGUACACCACACUGAGGCAGAACGAUUACGGACGACCUCGACAGAAUUCCUCCACCAAGGAGGAAGAGGAAGAUGAGGGGGAGAAGGAGAACCCUCCUGCUGUCCCAGAGAAAACCCAAGCCAGGCGGAGACCUAUCAUCCCAGAAGUCAGGUUAAACUGCAUGGAGCCGUAUGAAGUGAAAGUGGAUUCCCCAGCUAAAUCCUUUCCUCCCAAGGAGGACUUAGAUCUUAUAGACCUUUCCUCUGAUUCGACAUCAGGGCCUGAAAAGCAAUCGGUUGUUUCCAAUUCAGACAGUGACUCCUUGGUUUUUGAGCCCCUCCCUCCUCUCAGAAUAGUGGAAAGUGAUGAGGAAGAAGAAGAUGUCAUGAGCCAGCUGAAUGAUGGUGUCCCCAGCAAGAUAGCUGCCUCCUCUCCAUCGAGUCCCACCAGUGUCUCUGUGCUCAGUCUCAGCAUAACCCCCCUGGUGCAGUUCAGCAUUGAAGACUUCUCCAAAGAUGUCACCCUUUCCGCAGCUAGCACUGUUGUGUCAUUUGCUCAAGAGGAAACCCUGUCUGCUGUCCUUGAAGGUCCCAAAGAUGUUGCUGAGUUAGCUAAGCCAGAACAAGUUCAAGAGGCACCCAUUGGCAGUCCCCUGACGCUCAAGCAAAAACGUGAUCUGCUGCAAAAGUCCUUUGCUCUUCCAGAGAUGUCCAUUGAUGACAACUCUGAGUUAUGCAUAGAGGAAAUUAAGCCUAUAGGCCCUUUUCCCAGUUCGAGUGGGAAAACGGUCUUCAUUAAGGUCCCCGAGGACUCUGAGAACCAAACGGAAAGUGAUAAGCUGGAUGCUGGUGCAGAAUCUGAUACAGAACAGAAGCAGGAGGAAGAAGCUGAAGAAUCGGAAUUUAAGAUCCAAAUUGUUCCGAGGCAGAGGAAACAGAGAAAGAUUGCUGUGAGUGCCAUUCAGAGGGAAUACCUUGACAUCUCCUUCAACAUCUUAGACAAGCUGGGGGAGCAGAAAGAGGCAGAUGCUUCAGCUAAAGUACUUUCAACCCUGGAAAUGCCGAGGGAAUCGUCUUCUGCUCCGACACUCGAAGCAGGUGUACCAGAGACAAGUAGCCACUCUUCCAUAUCAACUCAGUUCCGACAGAUGAAAAGGGGUUCCCUGGGAGCACUGACUAUGAACCAGCUCAUGAAGAGGCAGCUGGAACACCAGUCUAGCGCUCCCCAUAAUAUCAGCACGUGGGACACUGAACAGAUACAGCAUGGGAAGAGGCCGUGCAAUGUCUCAGUUUGCCUAAACCCUGACCUGGAGGGACCACCACUAAGAAUAAGAGGUGCCACAAAGUCCAGCCUGCUAUCCGCGCCUAGUAUUGUUAGCAUGUUUGUACCAGCACCAGAAGAUUUUAUUGAUGACCAGCCUACUAUGAUGACUGACAAGUGCCAUGAUUGUGGAGCCAUCCUGGAAGAGUAUGAUGAAGAAACAUUAGGUCUGGCCAUAGUGGUUCUCUCUACAUUCAUCCACCUCAGCCCAGAUCUGGCUGCUCCUUUGUUGCUGGAUAUCAUGCAGUCUGUAGGAAGAUUGGCUUCAAGCACCAAUCAAGCAGAAAGCAUGAUGAUCCCAGGGAAUGCUGCAGGCGUGGCGAAGCAGUUCCUCCGUUGCGUUUUCCAUCAGCUGGCUCCCAAUGGUAUAUUUCCCCAGCUGUUCCAGAGCAACAUCAAAGAUGGAGGUUUUUUACGGACCUUGGCCACAUCUCUUAUGGAUUUCAGUGAACUGAGUUCCAUAGCUGCCUUGAGCCAGCUCCUAGAGGGCUUAAACACCAAAAAGAAUUUGCCGGCAGGGGGCGCAAUGUUACGUUGCUUGGAAAACAUUGCGACUUUUAUGGAAGCUUUGCCGAUGGAUUCCCCAAGCAACCUCUGGACUACCAUCAGCAACCAGUUCCAGACUUUCUUUACGAAACUGCCUUGUGUUUUGCCACUUAAGUGUUCCUUAGAUUCCAGCUUAAGGAUAAUGAUCUGCUUGCUGAAGAUACCCACCAGCAGUGCUGCCAGGAGUCUGCUGGAGCCAUUUUCAAAAUUGCUGAGUUUUGUCAUUCAGAAUGCCGUCUUCACCUUGGCAUACUUAGUUGAACUGUGUGGUUUAUGUCACAGAGCUUUCACAAAGGAAAGGGAUAAAUUCUACUUAUCCCGCAGUGUCAUCUUAGAGUUACUGCAGGCUCUGAAGUUAAAGUCGCCCUUGCCAGAUACAAACCUGCUGCUCUUGGUCCAGUUUGUUUGUGCAGAUGCUGGAACAAAACUAGCUGAAUCAAUGAUCUUGCACAAGCAGAUGAUUGCUUCGAUCCCCGGAUGUGGAACUGCAGCAAUGGAAUGCAUGCGGCAGUAUAUCGGGGAAGUUUUGGAUUUCAUUGCUGAUAUGCAUACUUUGACUAAAUUAAAGAGUCAUAUGAAAACAUGUUCCCAGCCACUGCACGAGGACACCUUUGGUGGGCAUCUCAAGGUUGGCUUAGCUCAGAUUGCUGCGAUGGAAAUCUCACGUGGCAACCACAGGGAUAACAAAGCGGUGGUUCGUUACUUGCCUUGGCUAUAUCAUCCACCAUCUGCAAUGCAACAGGGGCCCAAAGAAUUCAUCGAAUGCGUCUCUCAUAUCCGAUUGCUCUCCUGGCUCUUGUUGGGGUCGCUCACACAUAACGUUGUCUGUCCAAAUUCCCCUUCGGCGUGUAUGCCCAUUCCGCUGGACGCAGGUUCUCAUGUUGCCGAUCACCUCAUUGUGAUCCUGAUUGGGUUUCCAGAGCAGUCCAAGACAUCUGUCUUGCACAUGUGUUCCCUCUUCCAUGCCUUUAUAUUUGCCCAGCUGUGGACAGUAUAUUGCGAGCAAGCGGCAGUCGCUCCCACGGUCCAGAACCAGAAUGAGUUUAGCUUCACAGCCAUCCUCACAGCUCUGGAAUUUUGGAGCCGCGUGACCCCGAGCAUCCUCCAGCUGAUGGCACAUAACAAGGUGAUGGUUGAAAUGGUGUGCCUCCAUGUGAUCAGCUUAAUGGAAGCUUUGCAGGAAUGUAAUUCAACUAUUUUUGUCAAGCUCAUCCCGAUGUGGCUGCCAAUGAUUCAAUCCAAUCUAAAGCAUUUAUCUGCUGGACUCCAGCUCCGCCUGCAAGCUAUUCAGAACAAUGUGAACCACCAUAGCCUUAGGAUGUUACAGGGAUCAGUUCAGAUGAACACCAACUCUUCUGUCCUCCGCAAAUGGCUGCAGUGUACCCAGUUUAAAAUGGCUCAAGUGGAAAUCCAGUCCUCAGAAGCAGCGUCUCAGUUUUAUCCUUUAUGAACAGGGUGGAGUGUUCCAAAAACUUCAGUUUAGUCUAGCAAUAAUAGGGCUAAAGCUAUAAGACUAAAGGCCAUCCUUAAAAAGUAUAUAACAGUACUGUAGCUACACUUUUUUGUCUUGUGGAUGUACAGAAAUAGGUGAAAUGGCUAAAAAUAGUGUCCUGAGAGUGGCCCACCCACAACCACAAGUGUGUUUUUGUUCACGUGAAUAAUGGCCCAUAAAAUUUAUGGGGCUGCUUUCUGAUUUAUUUAUUUUUGUGUGUGCUAAAUUAGGCCUGAGCCAAUAUGCAUUGCAAGAUGUUUAAAUACGUAUGUUUCAAAAUGUUUCCCUUUCUUUUUUUUUAAAAAAAGGAAAAAGACUCUUCCCCCCCCUCUUGCGUUUGUUCACAGAUACCUUUGAGUGUUCUUCUGUGUUGCUACUUUUUUUACACGAACAAAAUAAGCAGGGUUUUUAGGAACCUUCUCAGAACUUUUUGUUGUUGCUGCUAUCUUGGAACUCAAACUCAGAAAUGCAAUAAAUCUCAUCACUAUAAAAUAGUGAUCCUGUAAUGAAGAUUUUUGCAGGGUUCUCCCCCCUCCCUUUCCUUUCCUGGUUGAUAGCAAGAAUUUGGAAGCAUGGCCAGUUCCAGUGUCUGGGCUGGACAGGCCUUGGUCCAGGGCCCCCAGCUUCAAGAGGGGCCACUUAGG